GGUUACCCGGCCUCAUCUUCAGUUUGUUGACAAUCGGGCACCCACUGCGAUUCCUUGAUCCGACCUGAGAACGCAGGCUUUCACAUGCACCUGUUGCCGCCGGGCUGAGGUGCCUGUUGAUGGUUCCUUUCAGCGUUGCAAUCUUCUCCCUUCCUUGUUUUUCCUUAGCGUCACCUACCUAAGUAAGGUCCUCCCAGCCCCGGUUGGGCUUGUGGCUCCCGCUGGUCAUUUUCUCCCACAUCUCGCCCCGUCACACCUAUCCCAGCUUCACAAUACAGUUUCGAGGGCCGUUUGCUCACCACGCCGUUCCCGGUCACCUCAGUCGCCGCUCCGCCUGACUGACCUGUCGACCGGUUCGUGCCCCUUCUUUCCCCACGAGGUCUUUCUUCCUGCGACCGCUGGUUCCGUCCCUUGUGCAAGUCCGGCUGGGCGCUGAGUGGCCUCAGCGCCUGCCCGUAUUUGCCCCCGAUGGACGUCUCACCCAGCAUGGGGUGCCCGGCCCCUUUCACUUUCAGCUCCUGUGAUGAUGCUCCCGAAGCCCAGUCUUCCGGUGCACUGGUCCCAGACCGAUUUGCCGCUCGCCAGCGGCGGCAUUCCCAGCUUGCCCCAAGGAGGAAAUCCAUCGUCAACCAGAUCAUGGACGGGGAGGAAGCUCUGCUUUUCAAGCUGGACAUGUGCUUGACCCAGCUCGAACGACGGAUUGAGUACUGGGAGUCCUAUGGGGAACUCAGCUUGGACUCGAGUCUCUCGGCCGCGUUCGCGACGUUGCAGGCUGUGCGGACACGAUGCUCCCAGGCCUCGGAGGAAGUCAUGGGAGCAGGGCGCCGCAGACUGCAGGUCAUGGUGGAAACCCUCGAGUCCGGCUAUCACGAGGCCAUGGCUGCGGCGGGCUCGCUGAACGAAAAGGCGAAAGUUGGCAUCGAGCUGCUCGACGGCAUGCUCGAGGACUUGGAGACGCAGGCGGCCAAGUUUCGCGAGAAGGGGUUGGCCAGCGCGGCCGAGAGUUUCAUGGACGAGGCCCAUCGCGUUGUCGACGGUGGUAUCGAGAGGGCCAUCCGCGUGGCCGGAACGCUCGAGGAUCACGUCCAACGCGCCAUCGCUCGCGCUAAAGAGAUCGGCCUGCUCCGCUACGAGGAUCUGCCCGUACCCUGGCGGAUCAACCCUCACAUCAUCUCGGGCUAUCGCUUUUCCGAGACGAAGCUGGCCUGUGUGAGGUCGGCUUUCGGCUUCUCCAAUGAGCUCGUCAACAUCUGGUCGCACGCUCUCGGUCUCAUUCUCGUCCUGGCCGUGGCCUUCUACUUCUAUCCCGCCAGCGCCACCUUCUCCUUGAGCUCCAAGGCCGAUGUAUUCGUGGCGGCCGUCUUCUUCUUCGCCGCUUGCCAGUGCUUGGUCUGCAGCAUCGUCUGGCACACGAUGAACUCGGUUGCCGACGUCAAUCUCAUCUCCAUAUUUGCCUGUGUCGACUACACGGGCAUCUCCCUCCUCAUCGCGGCAUCCAUCAUGACGACCGAAUAUACCGCCUUCUACUGCGAGCCCGUGGGCCGUUGGAUCUACAUGGUGACCACGGCGAUCUUGGGCGUCGCCGGCGUCAUCCUUCCCUGGCACCCGCGCUUCAACGGCGCCGACAUGGCGUGGGCAAGAGUUUCAUUCUUCGUUGCACUCGCAGCGACCGGCUUGCUACCGAUUCUCCAACUUUCCUUGACUCGCAGCCCCUGGGCCGUCUUCGAGUUCUACACGCCCAUCGCCAAGUCCCUCUUGGUCUAUUUGCUCGGCGCUUGCAUUUACGCCAGCCAGGUCCCUGAGCGGUGGUUCCCAGGCAUGUUUGACUACUUUGGAGGAAGUCACAACCUGUGGCACAUUGCCGUGCUUGGGGGUAUCCUUUUCCAUUACACAGCCAUGCAAGACUUCUUCUCGCACGCCUUCAGGCUCGCGAGUGACGGCUGCAUCGCCUAUUGAAAGCAGAUCGCCGAGCGACUCGCUGGAGAUUCCUGCCGGUUGAGCCCAACGAUGACUACCCCUCCGUGGCUAGUCAACAAGUCGCAAGGCGCCCUGAGUGCAGGGCCUGCGACUCAUCACCCAUGUCCUGAAGACGUGCUAUAUGUCCUUUGGCAUGGAAUAUUGUUGGUUCGCGCACCAAGAGCGCACUCGGCCUCAGCAAACCAGCUUGAAAAAGCCCACAGCGCAGUUUCUAGCCAUCCAACUCAUGGCCCACCGUUCUUUCGUUGCUGUGGAUGCCUGGAUGUGCUCUGCGCCUGCCGAGGCCUCUUUCGCAG